GGUAGAUACAUCACACAAAUGGCCUUGUCCGGCCUACAACGGUCUUGUCCAGCCUACAAUAGUCCUCUCCGGCCUACAAUAGCCUUGUCCGGCCCCUGUGAGGGAUAUAUAUAUAACUAUAGGUAUCGGUACAUGGAUGUGGUGAUGUCGGCAUAUUGGAACCUUCAAAGCUUCGCUUCCCCUCUUCGUUCCCCACAUACGCGCACAUAACACCAGGACUGGAUACCGAUUAAUCAACUUCGAGGGCAAGUAAUACGCCGGCUUCCUCUAUCGAGAUCGCUCCCCAGGGUAUCGCCGCCGCUGCAAAGUCGGUCGCCGUAUCUUACGCUUACCGAGCUCACACCCACGCCUGCUCAACCAACAGUGCACCAUGUCGACCACCAUUUCCUCGCUGUCUCUGCCCUCUUCGCGCAUUAUUUCCUAUGGCUUAACGCCGGCGCCCUCUCGCCCCGACGCCCCCAUCGUCCUCCUCUCGAACUCCUUGUCCGCACCAUUCACAGCGUGGGAUCACGUCGUUCCGAAGCUUACCUCCCAGGGUCUGAGCGUCCUGCGAUACGAUCAGCCCGGCCACGGCGCCUCGACCGCCCCCGCGGAUCUCUCGUCGACAACGUUCGAGAGCCUUGCUGAUGAUGUCCGAGAGCUCCUUCGGCACCUGUCCAUUGGACGGUUGCAUGCUUGGAUCGGCGUCAGCAUGGGUGCCGCCACCGGCAUGGUUUUUGCUGCGAAAUACCCGGGCAUCAUCCGCAAGCUUGUUGUAUGUGACACCAUCUCCUGCUCACCCGUCAACAUUGGCGCUGCCGACGUGUUCGCCCCCCGCAUCGCGGCCGCUCGCGAAGCAGGCAACAUGGAUGCCGUAACCGAUGGCACACUCGAUCGCUGGUUUGGCCGUGCGUGGCUGGAAGCCAAUCCGGUUGAGGCGCGCCGCAUGCGUGAGUUGAUGUCCGGCACUAGCAUCGAUGGGUUCGAGACGUGUUGUGCAGCUAUCCAGAGUGAGACCUUUGACCUUCGGCCACUAGCCGAGGGGGCCGGCAAGGGCGUUGACGAGGCUCUCUUCAUCGUUGGCGAGAAGGAUGCAAAUCUCCCAGAGACCAUGAAGCCCCUGCGGGAACGCGUCGAGCAGGGGUUGAGGACGAAAGACCGUCAGGCGACCGUGGACUUCGAGGUCAUUAAAAAUGCCGGGCACGUCUGUUAUGUCGACGGCUACGACCAGUUCAUAGCCAUCAUGUCCAAAUUCCUCGAGUAAUAUCUCCAUGAACGACACAAACACGUAUUUACCCAGAAAACAUAAAUAAAAACACUCUCUUCUGAACGUGACGGUACUUGUGAGUCCCUACAUCCAUGCUGCCUCUUGUCCUUGGGUGUGACCCCUAACGCUCAGUGAAAAGCU